GUAUAUUUCAUCUUAAAGUACCAGAAAGUUCUCCAGUGGGAUCACCAAUUGGAAGGAUAAGAGCUGUGGAUCCUGAUUUUGGAAAGAAUGCUGAAAUUGAAUACAGCAUUGUUCCUGGAGAUGGUGGGAAUCUGUUUGACAUCAAAACAGAUAAUAAUACACAGGAAGGAAUACUUAUCUUAAAAAAGCCACUAGAUUUUGAGACAAAAAAAGCAUACACAUUUAAAGUGGAAGCCUCCAAUACUCAUGUGGAUCAUCAUUUCAACUCAGUGGGUCCAUUUAAAGACACUGCGACUGUGAAAAUAAACGUGUUAGAUGUUGAUGAGCCUCCAGUCUUCAGCAAGCCAUUCUACACAAUGGAAGUGUAUGAGGACACUCCUGUUGGUACAAUCAUAGGAGCUGUAACAGCACAAGAUCUAGACAUAGGAACAAGCCCUGUCAGGUAUUCUCUUGAUCCAAAUGACAUGAACAAUAAUUUUUCUGUUGAUGCAAUUGAGGGAACCAUUGCAACAAAUGAACUAUUGGAUAGAGAGAGCACUGCACAAUUUAACUUAUCAAUAAUUGCAAGUAAAAUUAGCAAUCCCCAACUGACUAGUUUGGUACGAAUCCUUAUAAAUGUACUGGAUGUUAAUGAAUUUCCCCCUGAAGUGGCAGUGCCAUAUGAAAUAUCAGCAUGUGAUAAUUCCAAACCAGGACAAAUCAUCCAAAUUAUUGGCGCUGCUGACAAGGAUAUGUCACCUGCAGGGCAGAGAUUUUCCUUCAGACUGCCCCCUGAUGGGUCCACAAACCCCAAUUUUACCAUCCAUGACUAUAAAAAUAACUCGGCUGGCAUUGUUGCUCAGAGACAUGGGUAUAGUAGAAAAGAGAAAGAAUUCUACUUUCUCCCAGUGGUGGUAGAGGACAGCAGUUAUCCAAUUCAAAGCAGUACAAGCACACUGACCAUUCGAGUAUGCAGAUGUGAUUCAAAGGGAGUAGUCCUUUCUUGCAAUGUGGAAGCUAUUUUUCUACCAGUUGGUCUAAGCACAGGAGCUUUGAUAGCAAUUUUACUGUGCAUUAUCAUACUUUUAGUUAUUGUAGUACUCUAUGUAGCAUUACGAAGGCAGAAAAAAAAAGAUGGCCUAAUGACCUCAAAAGAAGAUAUAAGGGACAACGUUAUACAUUAUGAUGAUGAAGGAGGUGGAGAAGAGGACACACAGGCCUUUGACAUUGGUGCCCUGAGAAACCCAAAGGUUAUUGAAGACAAUAAUGUCCGCAGAGACAUAAAACCUGAACCUUUGUGUUUGCCUCGUCAAAAACCACCAGCAGAAUAUAACAGUGACAUCAGAGAUUUUAUAAAUGAAAAGCUUCAAGAGCAUGAUGUGGACCCAAAUGCUCCACCAUAUGACUCAUUAGCUACUUAUGCUUAUGAGGGUUCAGGAUCUGUGGCUGAAUCACUAAGUUCUAUAGAGUCACUAAGGAUGGAGACAGAUGAGGAUUAUGAUUUUUUAAGUGACUGGGGACCACGUUUUAAAUUCUUGGCAGAAAUGUUUGGGGAGGAAAACUAUAAUGCUGGCAAUAUUACUUAACUUAUAGAUUGAAAAUGACCAACAAUCAAGAAGCUUUAUCAAGACUAUGUAAAAAAAACAAUUUUAUACUAAAAUGCUACAAUAUUUAUCAUACUGUCAGUUUUUGUUUGUUUCACAGCUGGAAGGUUGAUCCUGUAAUGAAAUAAAAAUGUUUUUGCUAUUUUUCAUUGAAACUGAGAAAACUCAGGUGUGUUAUCUACAAUUUACUGAAAUGAAACAUUGAGAAUAAAUGUAAUUUAUUGGCAUUAUGGUGGAAAGAGAGGAAGAUUUUCUUAAUUCCACUGAAGUGCCUGCUGAAGCCUUUGUCCUGAUAUAUGAAGUGAAAAUUAGGACAGAAUUUUAAACACAAAUGUGAUGUCAAAGACAUGGCAGAAGCAAAUAUUUUACUUACUAUAGAUAUACCCAGCUAGUCAUCAUCUUGAAAAACUCUUGCAUUUCAGUCUCUGUGAUGUCUCUUCUUUCACAUGUUCAUCCUUUG